GUAGCAGCAGAGACGCGUGCGCUGGUCUCCUGGAUGGAGAAGAUCCCGUUUGUCCUGGGUGGUAACCUCCAGGGAGGGGAGUUGGUGGUGACCUUCCCCUACGACAGGAUCCGUUCCCAGGGUGUAUCCAGGGAGCAGACCCCCACCCCAGACGACCACGUGUUCCGCUGGCUCGCCUUCUCCUACGCGUCCACCCACCGCCUGAUGACCGACGCCAGGCGGCGCGUCUGCCACACCGAGGACUUUGCCAAGGAAGAUGGCACCAUCAACGGGGCGUCCUGGCACACCGCGGCAGGGAGUAUGAACGAUUUCAGCUACUUGCACACCAACUGCUUUGAGUUGUCGAUGUACGUGGGCUGUGACAAAUUCCCCCACCAGAGUGAGCUGGCGGAGGAGUGGGAAAACAACCGGGAGUCUCUGCUCGUCUUCAUGGAGCAGGUGCAUCGUGGGAUCAAAGGCAUUGUCUGGGACAUUCAGGGGCGGGGCAUAGCCAACGCCAUCAUCCAGGUGGAAGGGAUCGGCCAUGACAUCAGAACAGCGGUGGACGGGGACUACUGGAGGCUGUUGAACCCAGGAGAGUACAGCAUCACGGUGAGGGCUGAGGGCUACAGCGCCAGUAGUAAAGUGUGUGAGGUGGGCUAUGACAUUGGAGCAACCCGCUGUGACUUCACGGUCAGCCGCACCAACCUGUCACGCAUCAAAGAGAUCAUGGAGAGAUACAACAAGCAGCCCAUCAGACAGCCUCUCAGGACGCCCGUCAGGCAGCUGCAAGCACGCAGGCCCGGCCCCAGACACAGACGCCCCUAUGAGGCUGAUUCCUCAACCACCUACUCCUGUCUCAUGAAGCCCUAUGAGGCUGAUUCCUCAACCCCCUACUCCUGUCUCAUGAAGCCCUAUGAGGCUGAUUCCUCAACCCCCUACUCCUGUCUCAUGAAGCCCUAUGAGGCUGAUUCCUCAACCCCCUACUCCUGUCUCAUGAAGCCCUAUGAGGCUGAUUCCUCAACCCCCUACUCCUGUCUCAUGAAGCCCUAUGAGGCUGAUUCCUCAACCCCCUACUCCUGUCUCAUGAAGCCCUAUGAGGCUGAUUCUUCAACCCCCUACUCCUGUCUCAUGAAGCCCUAUGAGGCUAAUUCCUCUACCCCCUACUCCUGCCUCAUCAGCCCUAUGAGGCUGAUUCCUCAACCCUCUACCCCUGUCUCAUGA